ACUGACGGCAUGCCGUCGCACUACGUUUACAUAUUGUGGCUGUAGUAACGUGCGUUCUCCCGGACACUGUUCUCUACCGAUGCUUAUUCAAUCUCCGAUCAUGAGCGACUGUGUAAAUAUAUGCCGCAGAGAGUUUAAUGAUUCUCGUUAAAACGUUUUUUAAUUGAUUUUAACGAGAAAAUAACCGAAUACAAAAGAGCAAAUACCUUUUUAAUUAAUGCAGUAUUUUGGUACGAUAAGUUUGUUUUUAUUACAUUAACAGUUGUUAGAUUUUAUUUGAAGACCUCAUUUUUAAUAAUAAAGUCGUUUAGUUAAGACGAAAUUUGGUGAAUCUAACAUAAUAAUAUAUUAUGUUCAAUGGAGAACAGAUCUCUAUCGUCUACAUUCAAGUUAAAUAUUGUUUCUCAUCAAAGGAAAAUAAGGAGCGGUCAAGGGCCACUAAUAUUGUUUUCUUUUAUUACUGCGACGGCCAGAGACGGUGCACAAGUAACGAAAAAACGAUUGCAAGAUGUUUCCAAAAAACUGAAGGAUAAUUUUGCCAUAGGCGCUGUAUUAAUAUGCAAAGAGAAAAAUGUAGUGUAUCCUAUCGUUCAUUUUACCAACGACCAAGAUUACUUAAUGUCGGUGUUGCAAGACCAAAAAGAUAUAGACGAACACUUCAAACUAAACCAAGGUGUAUAUCGAGAAAUCAAAAGCAUUGAAUGUGAAGACGCUUGCAGUUCAUUUGUUAAGUCUCCUGCAAGUAUUUCUUAUAUUGUAUCUGGUUUCAGAACACUUGAUACCAGUCUCGCAGAGGUUAUGAUAGAAUCGUGGAGGGAUUGGACAGGAGCUAGGCAUAUGUAUUUAUACAUGCCUUAUGAUUUAGGCUUACAAAGGAUCUCGUUAUUAAAAAAAGUAGCUCCUGACUCUAUUAAUGCGUUUACGUAUGUUGUGAUUGCUGAGUGUUUAAAUGUUGACACGGAAGAAAAGAAGAUGAUGUUAUUAGAUUUUGUUCAGAGAAUGAGGGUAGAAAAAUUCCUAUCUGGUUACCUGUCAGUUUAUGAGCUACACAAAAUGUAAUACAUUUGUGUAAAUUUACCUCGCUUAUUAAACCAUGCACGUAAUAUUCUGUUAUGUUGACUAAUUUUUAUUUUAUUUAAUUUUUGUUUAUAAAAAUUAUUUUAUAUUGUUUUUAAUACAUGUAAUUAAUGUUAUAUUUUUUACACUGUAGUAAUAAAUAAAUACAUGUUCACUAUAUUUACUAAAAACAAAUUGUCUUUCAUCUGUUUCAUUUCAAACAUUGUACUUUAAUAGUUCUUAUUUUAAAUAAAUAAAUAAAUAGAAUUGAAGAUUACUAAAAACUCAGUUAAGUUGACAAAAGCAAACUCUAUUAAACGCUAUGAUGCAUCAUGUACUACCAUAGUAACAGGUAGAGGUAGUAUAUGGAUAAUGAUUUAACAAUAUCCAGUUUGCAGUUAUUUGUAUAGUUUCUUACAAAUAAUAAAAUAGUAUUAUAGAUUAAAAAGUCUCUGAGAAGAAAGCCAAGCAAUGG